AUGAGGUGAAUUGCAUUAACGUGAAGUACCGCAGAGAUGAAACUUAAAGCAGGAAGCAACAUACCACCAAUGUACUGGAUGGGAACACGUUUGUACCAUGUGAAUAGAUAUGACAAAAACAGCCCUCCUUAAAUUGUUUGUAGCAAUAGUGAUCACAUUCAUUUUAAUUUUGCCGGAAUAUUUCAAGACACCAAAAGAAAUAAUGUUGGAGCUAUCAUGUCUGCAAGUAUGUUUACAACCUAAUUUCACCUAUUCACUUUCCUCCAUAAAUUUUUCAUUUGUGACUUUUCUGCAACCAGUAAGAGAAACUCGGAUUAUUAUGGGACUCUUUCUAAAUCAGUCCAGUUUGCAAAACUUCACCAGGAUUUGCCAAGGCAUCACAAGUGAAUUUAAAAUGUGCUCCUCGUGUUUGGUUUGUGAGUCCAAGGGAAACAUGACUUUUAUUUCUCAGGAACAAACAUCAAAAGUUCUUAUCAUGAGAGGAUCAAUGGAAAUGAAAGAGAAGGAUUUUAAUUCACCUUGUCAACAUUUUAACUUCACUGUAGCUCCUCUAACCGACCACUUGGAGGAAUAUAACACUACCUGUAAUCCCAAAACCCACACUAGAAAACCAAUAAUCAUGGAGGAAGAGCCAACCAAGGAAAAAUCUAUAAACCAUACUUGUAGAAGUAUGGGAUACCUGAAUAAUUGUAUCCACAUUUCUUUGGAUCUAGAAAUGGAUAUAAAAAAUGUCACUUGUUCCAUGAAGAUCACUUGGUACAUUUUAGUUCUACUAGUUUUUGUAUUUUUGAUCAUUCUUAUUAUUCACAAGCUGCUUGAAGGCCACAGGAGAAUGCAGAAGUGGCAGAGUCAUAAAGACAGAUCCAGGUCUAUUCUCUUACGAGGAAGUGAUUCUGAGAAACUGAGAGCAUUGAACAUGAGGGUUAUUUCAGUAGAGACCACGCAGAGGCUGCCUUUGGCUCAGGCCAAGGAAGUGCUUCCCCCAAUACCAGAACUGUGAGCGACUUUCACAGUGCAUCGGCGAGAACAAUAGACAC